AUGUUGGUUCGUGCUUAUUCCACCCAACGACCAUUGUUACUGGACAUUUUGCCCCAGCGCAAGCUCAUCAAACGUCUGCUUUUUGACUUUGAUGCUAGAAUGAACCUGAGGAAGUAUAUGCCACUGAUACAGAACAUUUACGAUAAUAUUGGGAAAGAUAAACUCUCAUUUCCACCGAAGGUGCGAGGAUCGGAUCUUCUUCUGUUUCAGAAAGUUCUGUCGGAAAUACGAACUCAAACUCACACAUCCAAUCAACACCUUGUUAGAUUGGAAGAUGAACUUAUAGAGAGGGCUGCAGAGCUGGGAAGUAGAGAUGCAUUGACAAUUGUUUCGUUUAGAGCUUUAAGAGAUCAAAGCGGAGAAUACACUGAUGAAGACAAGGUUCAGGCGAAAAAGUUCAUAGACCAACUAAGAAAGCUAGAGCAUCCUCUAGUUUACAAGAUGGGGGGAGAUUACGAUUUUGACCAAGGCAGAUACAACGAAGCUGUGAAACAAUACUGGAAAUUUGUAAAGCUAGAUCCUAACUCAUUUCUGUCCGCAGAAGUUUACAAGACUAUGGGCAUGAUCUACUUCCAACAGAAUCAGCUUCUUCGUGCCAAGCUUUUCUUUGAAAAGUCCAUCAAACUAGCCCCAAUUUCCAGAGUAGCGCAAUCUCACUACAUGCUCGGUCUGAUAUACGAAGUUGAUCCUUUACGUUCUCGAUACCACUUCGAAAUGGCAGCAACACAAGGUUUCAAGGAAAGCUUCAAGACACUUGGUUUUAUGGAGCUAAACUACUUCAAAAAUCUCUACAAGGCCAAAAAAUGGUUUCAGAUGGGAGCAGAGCUGGGCGAUCACAACUGCAUGAUUGGACUUUUUGAUGCCUAUAUUCAAGAGAAAAACUGGAAGGCUGCAAGAAGAACCAUGGAUAUGAUCACCAAAUUUUCAGAACAAAACGGCCUUGAGCUGAACAUGAAGUCGCUUCGAAAGGACUCAGUUGAACAAUUGAUAGAGCACGAAUCAGCCGCUCCUAUCACGCAACAAAAAGAUAAAUCGUUAUGGGACGUUUAAUUAAGCUUGUAUAUAAUGACAUCUCCCGUCCUGCGAGAAUCCCAGUGAAAUCUGCUAUUGAAAAUUCGAUGAUGUUCUGAGUAGUUGCUAUUACGGAGGUAUUCUUUCAUGAAUUGCUCCAAGUUCUCAAAAAAUACUAGGUAUUCAGGCCAUGUAUGUGGAUGAGGCCCUCUAAUGUCGUCCUUAGAAUUCUGAGCAGUAGGAGAGGGAAAGUUUUGUUGCAGAUAUCCCAACAUAUCGUCAUAGAAUUCAUCCGACUCAUCUCUAUAAGCAGUCAAAUCUGAUGACGAAUUCAAAUGCAAUGGAGGCUCGCAUGUCAAGAACCAUAUAUCUACCUGAUUUGGCUGCAUGUGGAAAUGGCUUUGGAAUGGAGUAGAGUGACACGGGGUUAAAAAUCCAAUGGAAGAUUGCCUGCUACCAAUUUCAUUUCUGAGAUACUGGGUAACGGUAAUGACCCCGCUCUCAUGGAUCUGUGUGAAAUAGAAUGCGAUUGUGGUAUUUAAGAGUGCAAUGAAUAGAAUCAAGCUGCAAGAUGUAAAAGGUUUGAGUCUUUUGAGUGCAUAAAGCACCCCAUGAGUGGUAAAGAAGAGUAAAAUAGGCAUCAUGGGAUAUAUAAAGCGAAAUUCUUUGUGCUGGAUCAAGGAAAAGGCAAGAAUGUCAAUGAUGAGCACCAUUUUGAGAUCCCUUGCUUUCUUGACUACCAACCCAAUUGCAAAAAAUGGCAAGUAGCUCAAUAGUAUCACAGGAAUAGCCUGAAAAAAAUAAAAAUCAAAUCUCGAUACACCGUAAAAAGAUGAGAGGCUCUUAGACACAUUGAAGUCGAGAAAUUUGAUGAAAGGAAUAAUCCAGGUGCCGUAAAAAUAACGGUUUACCACGCUGUCAACGCUUAAAACGGCGAUACCAAUGAGAAUGGUGGAAACCAUGAUUUUGAGCUUAGGACCUCUGCGAAAAUUUCGUAGUCCAUAAACCGCCCAUAUCAGGCCGUUUGUUGGUCUGAUUAUGCAACAAAAUCCUGCAAUUGUCAAAGAGUAGAUGUAGUUAACAUCGAAAGUCUCAGGGUAUAGAAACAAUGCUAUCGUUGUAAGUGCUAGCUCGAGAGCGUUGGAAAAUGAUCGACAAUAACAAUACCAAUUAAAGGGCGAGAAUAAGCUCAAGUAAAACAUUAGGCACCUUGCUGAAGGGUCUUUGGUCCACUUACAUGUCAGCUUGUACUGGAAAGUCUCACCGACGGCACAGAUCAAAGCGUUCAUGACUUUGGGGAGGUAAAGAAGAUAUGCGUAGUCGAGACGCAGCAAUUGACAUAUUUUGUAGACUGGAACGUAAAGCAAAGGAUGAAUGAAGGACCGGAUUCCCUGACGCCAUUCCCAGGUCAGAUACCCAUAGCCGAACACCUGAUAAUGCGCCGGUUCAAG